AUGGAAGGAGACGUGAAAGAUGGUGGGAAAGACACGGUAAAAGGUAACAAUAGCAGCCGCGGUAAAGGAGGCAGUAAAGGCGGAAGUAAAAGCGGCACUAAGCAGGGCAGUAUCAGCAGUAGUAAAAAUAGCACUGUCAGCAGUAGUACCAUCAGUAGUAAAACUAGCAGUGUCAAGAGCAGUGUCAAGAGCAGUGUCAAGAGCAGUGUCAAGAGCAGUGCCAACAGCAGUGACAGCAGCAGCUGCACCAGAAUGGACGCGAAAUAUUCAACUGAUGCGCGCGCCCCAAAUUGCGACGGAGGAGACUUUUCCGACCCAAGAAAUGAAUUUCACAUCCACAAUACGGAUCAGGAAAAUUGCCGAAAAACACAAAAACACAAUAUAAAAUUCACACAUGUAAAUAAUUCCCAUUGGAAUUACGACAACCAAGCCGUUAGACAGAGCUACGACGCGAUUACAUCUAAUGAAAUAAGUGCGAACAACGCAAAUAUGUGUUUCUCAAAUAAUAGCGCUAUGAAUUAUCACCCUCCAAUGCGUGAUGGUAAUAAAAAUCUAAUCAAAUCAAAUAAUGUGGGUUACUUAGAUUCUAAUACACUAAAUUUUAACCAUGUCUACAAUAUGAAUAAAGUUUACAUUGACGGGAAUCCAUUUGCCAUUAAGACAAGUACAACAGACAAUAAUUUACUAAACAUGAAUUCUGCUUAUUUUAAUAAUGCAAUGAAAUGUUCCGAUUACCACAAUUCUAACAACUACAUAUAUCAUACUGGCAUGCUAAAUACGAGCACAUCAGAAAAUCAGAAAAAUUAUUCCAACAACUCAAGUCCGUAUAAAAAUGAUUACUUGAGAUAUAACCUCUAUUCUGUCAAUUCUAUACAUAAUAAUCUGAAUCUUUCUAAUGUAUCCAAUUCCAAUAACGUCAACUACAACGUAUUUAACAGCAACAUCAUCACCCCUGCCUCAGAUGCAAUGAAUUAUAACCCCAUAAAUAACUCAUGUAAUGUGAAAUAUACAUCUAAUAUGCUCGAUUCUACAGCAAUAGAAAAUAUCAACUUAUCCAAGGUGAAGGAUCUUAAUUUUAGCCACUCCCACAAGGUAUUCUUGCAAGACUCUGAUUUGUCUAAUCAUUCCUAUGGAAAAUUAAAGAAUGAAAAAUUGUCUCCAAAUUAUUCCAACCCCGUGUGUAAUGUAGUCUCCAUCGAGGACCCUUCUAGAUACAUUUCGAACAAUCGUAGCAAGCGUCCAAAUAAAAACCAUUUAAAAACUAAUGCUUUAAAUAGUACUGAUUCUAGCGUAGAGAAGGAAGACGUUAAUGCGUUACUUUUUGCCGAACCGGGAGUCGCUGGCAACGAUAGGGCGAAAUUACUAACUAGGGAAAUUGAGAGUUGUGAAGAAGUGGUGUCAGAGGAAAGUGCGGAAAGGGCAGAUCGAGUGGAAAAAACAUAUCGAUCCGAAAAAAAAGAUCGAUCGGAAAAAACACAGCUUGGUCACAAACACGAGCGAGGACAAGCUCGCCAAAACGACGUAUCCAUCGGGGAAGACAAACACAGCGACAAAAAAAAGAAAAAUGCACACCUAAUGAGAAACCAUUCAAAUACUCAAAAUAAGAAGCAUAAAAGCGAAGGAAAUUCACCAAAUACAGAUGUCACAAGUGGAAAACCAAAAGGAAAGUCUUCUGAUCAAGAAAAAGAAAGCUACGGCAGGGAGCACAAAUCAAGAGAAAAAAGCAAUAGAAAUGAACGGAAGAAAGAUUCAAAGGAGGAAAACUUCGCAGUAACCAUAACAAAAAAUCAAAAGAGUAGAACAAGCGUAACAGAUCAAAAUCAACAAUUGAAGGGUGAACAGGCAAAUUUCAAUUGUAAAGAAGAUACAGACGAAUGCAGUUACAAAAAGGGCGCAAGAGAAAUCCCCUCAAAAGGAAACAGUAAAAAUCAAAUAAUUGUGCACAAAAGAAAUAGCCAAGUUUUGACAAAGAUUAUGAAUUUCCAUGGUUCUCAUGAAGAUAUAAAAAAUGAUGCGAAUUGUCAUAAAAAGAGGUAUAACACAGAGCACACAACAGGUGACGAAUCCCCCGACAUUGUUAAAUCCAAUACGAUAAAAGAUAGGAUGAGAUCACGCUCAGCAACAGAAGAGGCAGAAAGAAAUAUAGCCUUACAAGCUAGUAUAAAUGGGAAAAAUCUGUCAAAAUAUGAUUUUCUCAUGAAUAGAAAUGUCGUUUUUAAUAAUGUUUCCAUAGAAAAUAAAAAAGAAGGGAAAAAGAAAAUAACCUCCUCGAAAAAUUGUGAAGAAAAAUGCACCAAUUCGGAACAGGUGCAAAACGAUAAUAUGGCGAAAAAAAAAAGAAAGCUUAAAGACAUCAGCCAGGUAGAAGCUGACUCAAGAGCUCAGGCCGUCGCGGAAGUAGUGAGCAAAAAUGAGAAAAAAAAGAAAAAAUUGAAAUUAUUAAAAACGAACGACGAUCCAAAGGAUCAAAAAAAUGCCGGUGAUCUAAGCAGUGCAGUUAUCACGAAUGGUAAUAAUCAUAAAGACAAACGAAAGGAAAAAGCUGGUCAAGACGAAAGAGAUGCUUCUAAUGCAAACGCGGGGGGAAAUAAAAAUUGUGCUAAACCACCAGAAGGGGAUGUGGUCAAAGGGGAAAAUCUCGCUGGAAAGAAGCAAAAUGACAAAAAAAAUGAAACAGGUGUGUUAAAGGUGGAAAGUCGCAAACAGGAUGAUAGGAAAACGGAACAAGGAAAAACAACUGAAAAAAUCAAGAAGAGAAAGAAGACUCAACAGAUCCAAAAUGGAGGACACCUUCUAGCAGUGCAAACUACAAUACUCCAUAAAAGGAAAGAAAAAAGCAGUAUAGGGGGAACGGACACAAAGGAACCAAGCGAAGUAACGAUCGAAACGGAAGAAGCUGGAACCAGAGAAGGUAAUCUGGACAAGGGCGAUAAAAACGGAGCGUCUUUGCAAGGGAAACUUUCACAAAAUCGGACAAAUCCUUUGGAGGAAAAAGACUCCAUUAAAGAGAACAGUAGAGAAACGUGCAAUAAUGAAGAUGGUAAUGCGGAAAGGGGUUCUCCUGAAAUGAAACUUCCGCAGAGGAAAACCUCCAAAGCGAAAGGACUUAACAAAGAAGCGGGCAAAGCAGGUAGUCAUACAAGCCGCGAAAAGAAGAAAACAUGGAAAAUUAUCACCCCCAUCAAAGGUAAAUGCGAAGCAGUUGCAAACGGGGAGGAAGCCAUCGCGAAAGAAGAAGGACCAAUGUUAGGCAGUAGAGAGGAAGAGGCCCCCGUGGACGCAGUAGAUGGGUAUAAAAAAAAGAAAUCCGUGGUGAUAAAAGAGGAACCAAAAGGUCGCAAGGGCUGUAGCAAAAAAAAGAGUCCCAGGGGUGAGGAAAAGAAGGAGCGAAUAGGGAACACCACGGAGCUUAAACCAGACGUAUGUGAUGAACAUCCCGCAAAAGACGCUGCAGAAAAAGUGGAAAUGCCUAAUAGUCCGCCUGAGGAUGAAAAAGAAAAACUGAAGGAUGAAAAAAUAAAUACAAUGGACCCAAAUGGAAACGCAAUUGAUAAGGACAACUAUAAAAUUCCGGCCUCAGUGAUUUAUCCCAAUGAUGCUACAACUGUACCUGUAAAUCGUAAAAAAAAAAAAAGCGUGAAAGAUCUAGAGCAAAAUUCAUUACAGUCAUCGACAAAUGAGAAGAGUGAUUCGGUACAUGGCGAGACAAAGAAAAUUUGGUCAAACUUGGGCUACAUAAAUUACGUAGAUAACUUCGUCGGGAGGGGUUCCUAUGGCCACGUCAGGAAGGCUUUAUACAACAUCGACAAGAACGCAGAGGACUUAAAAUUUUACAUUGACAAGAUAAGUAGUCCAGAAUUUGCACACCUGUUAAUGGAUUGUACAACGCGGAACAACCUCGAAGGCGGUGAGGAAAGAGACGCAGCGGAGCUAGACCCACAGGCGGCCUACAGUAACGCCCCCAGUCUGAAAAGGAGAAGACGACCCAAUUCGCUUGCCUUAAAUAAUGGAAGCCUCCAAGUUAGUGACGCAAAGGAGGUGAGGAGGGGUAUCAAGAACGAUAGCCAAAAUUUGCAGGUGAACAAACCGAAGGAACCCUGCAAUAUCGAAGGGCCCACUUCAGAAGAACAUGAAAAAGAAAACCACUGCCCUUGCUGUGACCGAAAAGGGCACGUCCAGCUAGCCAUAAAAGAAAUAGACGUUAAUCGAAAAGGGAACGAAUUUCAAUUCGUGAGAGAACAAGAACUCAUGUGUCACUUCAACAGCAACGUCAUUAAACCUAUAAGCACAAAAGAUGGAAACUUAAAGGAAAGACGAAAUUACGAAAUAUUAAUGCACUGUGCUAAUGGUGACUUGAGAAAAUUACUUCAAAAUUUAAUAUUCCACAGAAGAAAAGAAUUUGAAAAAAGAAAAAAAAUUAAUAAAAUCCUGAAACUGAUACAUAUCAUUUUUGGCGAAAAAUACAAAUGCUACAAAAAUGAACAUAAAAGGGAGUAUACUACUUGUGUAGGUCUAUGUUAUCAAAAAUUGAAAAAUCUCAAAAUGAAGUUAAAUAAUGCCGUAGUCGAGGUAGACUUACCCGUACUAGACUUAAUAUAUGACAACAUAAAGGUAUACAAUUGUGGGCUAACCGAAUUGGAGUGUAAAUUCCUCUUCUUUCAGAUAACAAACGGGAUUAGCUUUCUCCAGACAUGCUACCAAUCUAAUAUAAUACGUUUAACAGACAUUAAGUUGCAAAACAUUUUGGUGUAUACAAAUGCUGCUAAUAUUUAUAAUCCGUUCAAGUGGCAUUUGUGCAUUUCCGAUUUUGGCUGUUCCGCAAUGGAAUAUGCAACUUAUCAUCUGGAAAAUAUGAAAGGAUACACAGAAAAGUACAAACGUGCUGUUAGCCAGUGGAAGCAUCAGUUAAUCAAUCAGCUCUCUUCCUACUUCCAGGGAACAGUCUACACCAUGGCACCUGAAGGGUUAUGCUACGACAACAAGGGAAAUUUUAGAAAUUCAAAAUAUAACACCUUGAUUCAUUUUUAUGAGCAAAAUUUUGGAAACAUCGAUGUCAGAUUUGAAGAACUUCAAGAAUCCGUAAGAGGGGCGCUUGGCACUAUAGACAAACGUAAAGUGCUUAAUAUAAACUCGCGUAGAAACUUUGUUUUCAAUGAUGAGGCGACAACACAAGAGAGGCAAGCAGCACCUGAAGCAAAUGCUGAUGCUGCUAACAAUGCUGAGGGUGAAGUGGAGGAAGAAAAGGAUGCACUCAGUGAGAAAGAUCUUUCACAAAAGAAAGAGCUACCCUCGCAGAGAGACAACACGGAACGUGCAGGUAAGGAGAAGGGCAAAGGGGAAGCUCAACGGGAAGGGGAAAACGGUCAAAACGGUCAAAACGGUCAGAACGGUCAAAACGACCAAAACGAAAGCAACAAAAAGAUCAACAACACCUCAACGGAAUACUUCCCCUUCGAUGUAAGAUGCGACAGCUGGGCCCUAGGCAUCAUCCUAGCCGAUUUAGGGAAAUGCGGAAUCGGUUCUUACGAUUAUAUAGCAUCAGAAAAGUUCAGAGAAAGCUACAUUAACUGUAUAGCCAAGAACAAACAUGUCGACCUAAAUAGCAUAAUACUGGAUAACUUGAAUUUCUCAAAGGGUGAAGAAGUUUUUUAUCUGCAGUGUAUAAUGCACUACUACGACAUUGUCAGCAUGGAGUGGGACGAUGAGUGUUUAGAGAAUGAGGAGCUGAAAAUGCGUGGACGCAAAAGGGACCAAGGGGACGGGUCCAAGUGGGGGACCACUACAGACGAGACGGGUGGCAACUCCGGGGGAGGCGCAGUGAAAAACGCAGUGGGAAAAGAAGUGACCAAUUUGGAAAACCAUCUGAAUGGAAACAUAGAAAACGACCUGAGCGACAACUCCAUCGAGCCAGACAUUUCCCAAUAUGCAGACAAGCGAAGGGGCAAAAGACGCAGCCAGAGGCGCUCACUAGGCAGAAGCAACGGCGCUAAGCAUGAUUCUAGAGGCGCCAAAGGGAUGGAAAUCAAACUUGAGGACAAUUUAAAAGAUUUUUCAAAGGCAAGUAAAAGCAACCCUGGUUUGAAAAAUCGUUUAAAUGACCCCAGGAAUGACGAAGAAAAGAAUCACAUCCAGAGGAACAAUUGGGGACACAUGAAGAAAAACAAAAAAGAUAGUAACUACAAUUUUGAAAACCUAGAAUUGUUUACAAACCACUACAAAGAGUUCAUCAUAAAAUACAAAGAUCUCAUAAAAGGAGAGAAACUUGCAUAUAUAAAAUAUGAUUUUGUGAGAUAUUAUAGGACGAAUAAAAAUUUGAUAACUCCAGAAAAUAUAGGCAAGAAAAUUCUAUUCCUCUUUCUAAUAAUUAAUAACAACCUGACGUAUAGUUACAAUAACGAGUGUCAGUCCUUCUUCAGAAACGAGAUAACCAUUAAGAACAUCGGCUCAGGCAUCUUCAGAUUUAGGAACAAAAAAGAAAAAGAAAAAUAUCUCCUAGAGUUUAAAGCGAACUUACAGAAGGAACACAUGAAUGGAAACAAGGAGUACUGGCAUAGUCGAUUGACCAAUAAAUAUUUGGCUUAUAUUUUAAAAGAAGUAUGUCAUAAAGAUUUUUGUGACAGAAAGAAAAAUAUAAAAAAAUGUUACAGCAAAUUUGAGUACCCCCUAAAUUAUAGUGAUGACUACUGGAAUUUAUUGACUGAUCUUUUGAAUUAUGUUCCUUAUCAGAGAUUACUAGCCUGUGAAGUUAUCGGCCACGAUUUCUUCUCAGAUCAGAGUGAAAAAAUUAAAGACAUCGCAGCUGCUCCGGAGAAUGCUCCUCCGGACAGUGCCGCUCCAGACAGUGCCGUUCCAGAUGAUGCCCCUCCAGAUUUGUUUUCCCAAACGGAACUGAUGUAUACCAUAUCGAAGAAUUACGUCCAAGAAAAGAAGGAAAACAAAUAUGUCUGCAAUCCUUUUCUGCCGAAAACUGAAGGGGAAGCUGUCACAGAGGCAAGCAGAUCCAACAUGGGAGAUAAAUUUCUUCAGUUGCGUUCAAAAAAAGGGAUUGCACUCAACUGCGUGGCAAAGUCUGUAGAAAGACAAGUCAGUGCAGGAAGAGAAAAAGAAAGGGAAAUGUCAAAAGUGAGUUGGGCCGUGGGAAAUGAAAAGAAGGCCCAUCAGCAAAAGAAACUUCUGACGUGCCUGUACGACACCAUCAUCGAACACAUGAAAAAGGGGUGCGAUUUCUGCAACAACGUAAGGGACUGUCUGAAUUACAGAAACAUUUUGGAGAAAAUCGACAAACUGGAAACACCCCUUUUAACGGUUAACGAGAGGAACCAAAGAUGUGUGAGCAGUUCGAAGGGAAUAAGUGCACUUAUAAGAAGUGCCCCUGUAAGAAGUGAACAAUUGGGGCGCCCACGAACCGUCUGCAACAAUGUGUAUUAUUUCCUAAACGAAACGUCCAUUUUUGCACAGCUCACAAAUCUAGACAUAUUCAUGAAAGCGCACCUACCAUUCGAGCAUCUGUGCCUGCCCAUGUGCGAUGAAAAAACGUACACGGAGAAAUUACAAGUCAACUUCUUCUUCAAGCCAAUGUACUUCUAUUCCUUCCCAUACAAAAUUAUACACGCGUGGUAUACGGGCCCCCUGCACAUCUACUUGGAGCACUCAGGCAUUCCUGAUUACAUCAACUCCAUAUGUUUAAGAGAAUCGUAUACUUUAAAAAGGAAAGAAAUUCUCUUUUGGGAUUGCGAAAAUAUCGUUAUGGAAAGUGCAGUGAAACUUAAGCGGCUACUGAACUGCUCCGAUGAUUUUCUCUGCACCCCUUAUGUGUCCCAUUUAAUAGGAAAGCAUUUGCUAAUUAGGAAGCAAUUCCUUUUAAAAAAUGUUGAUAAAAAAGAUGACUAA